GUUUUUGUUUUGGAAAACAAAACAGAAGGGGUGUGUAAAAGAUGGAUCAAGGACUAAGAGCUGUUGUUCUGGGGUGGCAGAAAUCUGACAAAGCCUCGGUGAUAAACAGGCUUUUAGGUGGUGAAGUUGCAUCUGACAAACAUUUUGUGAAGUCUGUGAGGAAAGACGGUGAUGUGAUUGGAAGGAAGAUAACCCUGAUUAACACUCCAUGCUGGUGGCAGAUAUUUAGUUUGAAAGAUUCACCAGAGGUUGUGAAACAGGAGCUGGUUUGCAGUGUCUUCCUGUGUCCACCGGGGCCUCAUGUCUUUCUCCUGGUCAUUAAUCUCAGUUUGCCUUUCACUGAAGAAAACAGACUCAGCAUUGAGAAGCACCUUAGUCUGUUUGGUGAGAGAAUCUGGAGACACACUAUAGUGCUCUUUACACGAGCCGAUUCACUGAAGGACAGAAACAUUGAGCAGCACAUAAAGAAUCAAGGAGAAGAACUGCAGGAGAUCAUACAGAGAUGUGGAGAAAGAUAUCACAUCUUUGAGAAUGAAAAUAAAAGUGCUGGAGUUCAAGAACUGCUUGACAAGAUUGAUGAUGUUGUGGCAACAAACAGUGGCAAGCAUUUUGAAACACAUGAUGACAUGCUACUGGAGAUAAAGAGAAAGAGAGAUGAAAACGAAGCCAGACAAAAAAUGUUGCAGGACAAAAGAGAUCUGCUGAAAGAAAUAGAAGCUGUGGCUCCUCUCUCAGAAACAAGGAUUGUACUGCUUGGUUGGACCCUUUCUGGGAAGAGUUCAACCAUACACACUAUCUUCAAUAAAGAAAAAGUUAAAACAGAAGGGACAGAAAAGUGCCCAAAAUAUUCAAAUGAAGUAAAUGACAGAAAAAUAACUGUGUUGGACACCCCAGGCUGGUGGAAAUAUUUCUCGCCUAAAUUCAACCCAAAGUUUGCUCAGGCUGCAAUCCUGGAGAGCAUCAGCCAAUCACAACAUAUGCAGUUCCCUCACGCCAUUAUCUUGGUGAUUCCUGUUGAUACUUCAUUCCAGACUGAACAGAAAUGUAUCAUUGAAGAGUAUAUGGCCAUUCUUGGAGAAGACGUCUGGAGACACACUAUAGUUCUGUUCACAUGGGGCGACAGGAUUCCAGACAUAUCAGUCGAGCAGCACAUUGAGAGUGAAGGUGACGCCCUCCAGUGGCUGAUUGAGAAAUGCAGGAACAGAUAUCACGUCUUUGACAACUCAGACAAGGAGAACAGAGAUCAAGUCACAGAGCUGCUCCAGAAGAUCGAUGAGAUGGUGGCAGAAAACAGUCUGUUUCGUUUCAACAUACAGAAAUACAGUGAUCCAGAGAAAAGCCUUCAGAGAACUGAACACACAAGAAAACGCAAGAGAAAACAGAAGAAUAAACAAGGAAUAAUGAAAAAUCCAGAUAAUGUUCAAGCUCAAAUCAGAGAGCUGCUCCAGAAGAUCGAUGAGAUGGCGGCAAAAAUCAGUCCAUUCGGUCUCAACACACAAUGUGCUGCAGAAGUGAACGUUCGUGUAUCUGACGCACAACAAGACGAGGAAAUAAGUCUGAAUGCUGAUAAUGUUGCAGAAUUAAUAAACCAGGAGUUGAACAAAAGGUGUAAUGAGAUGAAAAAGAAGAUAAAGUUAAAGUUAUUAGGGAUGAAUUUCUCUGCAUAUAGAGAUGAAGAGUCAGACGCUGGUAUAGAAGUGAAAAGUAACAGAAGCAUGAUAGACACUCCAGAUUUGUCAGCUGAUGAAAAACUCAAGGAGCUGUUAAGGAGAGAAGGAAGCAGAUUUGAAGCAAUUAUAAUGGAUGGACUCUUUAACAUUCUGCAGAAUCCUGAUGAAAACGUGAGACAAAGUUCAAAUGAAAAGGUGAUGAUGUGGCUUCAACAAAGUGAGGAACAGCACAUCAGAAACAUCAAGACAUGAAACAAGCUCAGUAGAUCAACACGAUCCAGAGACGUCAGAUAAUGCAUCCAAACUUCAGAUUCAUUCACAUUAGCAAUACUUCAGUAAAAAAUGAUGUAUGCCUGCAGUUUGCAGAGUAAAACAUACACUCUGCUUAAAAAUGUGAUAAACAUAUGCUGUGUAACUUCAAUUUGGUAAUCAUGUGUUAAAUAUGUGUGUUAAUAUUUCUAAUUAAUACUCAGAAUUGUAAAUGUAUAAUACUUUACAUAAAUGUAAUUGAAAUUUGAAGUCUAACUUAGAGUUAUGAUUUAGUCCGGUAUAGUAACCUGUAUCCUUUGAUUUUGUGUCCCUUUUCUUUGAAUUGAUAAAUUUGUAUCACUUAAACUUCUAUCAGAGAUUUUUAUGUUCAUAUAGUACUUUCUUUAAAAACAUCACAUAAUGUUGGUUGUCAGUGACAUCCUAUUUCUUUAAAAACACCACUGUCUGGGUUAGAUUGCCCCUCCCCUAAAUGCGCUUUGUCUCUAUGGUUCAUUUAGUAUUUGUGGAUCUAUGCAUAUGCUAAUUAGCCCCGCCUCCACUCAGAGAUCCACUCGGUCAACUUCACUGCAGUAAACGCUGCACAAUGGUAUCGCUCUUUACAACAUCGGACACAUUACAGUAACUAAUAUGAUUAGCCUUUUGCUUGACUAUGUUAUCAAACAGCUAAUAAUGUGUUGCUAACGUUAUAUGCUAAAGCCUGCCGGCACACUGACGUGAUUGUCAGAAACACCAGCGAUUUCAAACCGCGUUUUUGAAACUGUCUUUAGAUCACUGCAGAUUUAAAGAGAAAAUACUCAGCAAUGGUGUUGACUUAUGAAUUUGCGCAUGGUUUGUCUUAAAGUACAUUAAAAACAGCACAUAGACAUAUUAACAACAUUAAAAAGUUGAUUUUCACCACAGGGGGACUUUAAUGUUUUACAUGAUUGUAUUUUAUCAGGUUAAAAAAUAAAGAAAUUGUUGAGCCUUCACAAA